CGGAGGCGGAGGCGGGGCGGUCGGUCGGUUGCUAAGCCUGAGGGAAGCGCUACGCUCGCGCCUGGCUCCUCAGGUGGCUGCAGGCUUCUGUCUUCAUACAGUCAUCACAGCAGAAAUGUCAGGGAAGGAGAACAACUUCCCUCCACUGCCGCGCUUCCUGCCUCUGAAGCCCUGCUUCUACCAGAACUUCUCUGACGAGGUCCCCAUCGAGCACCAGGUUCUGGUGAAGAGGAUCUACCGGCUGUGGCUGUUCUACUGCGCCACCCUGGGGGUCAACCUUGUCGCCUGCCUGGCCUGGUGGAUCGCUGGUGGCUCAGGGGCCAACUUCGGCCUGGCCUUAGUCUGGCUUCUGCUCUUCUCCCCCUGCGGCUACGUGUGCUGGUUCCGGCCCGCAUACAAGGCCUUCCGAGCCGACAGCUCCUUUAACUUCAUGGUGUUUUUCUUCGUCUUUGGCGCCCAGUUUGUCUUGACAGUCAUCCAGGCAGUCGGCCUCUCAGGAUGGGGCGCGUGUGGCUGGCUGGCCGCGAUCGGCUUCUUCCAGACCAGUGUCGGGGCUGCCGUGCUCAUGCUGCUCCCGGCCCUCAUGUUCUCCGCGUCGGCUGCCAUGAUGGCCGUCGCGAUCAUAAAGGUGCACAGGAUCUACCGCGGGGGGGGCGGAAGCUUCCAGAAGGCGCAGACUGAGUGGAGCACAGGCACCUGGCGGAACCCACCUUCUCGGGAGGCCCAGUACAACAAUUUUUCGGGGAACAGCCUGCCAGAGUACCCCACUGUGCCCAGCUACCCGGGCACCGGCAGCCAGUGGCCUUAGAGGGAGCCAAGGGGUCCCACGGGUCCCACUACCCACCCGCCGCCUCCCUGUCCACUCCCGGUCCCGAAGCAUCUGUCCCCUGUCCGUCCCUGGUGGUGGCUGGGCCCUCUCCCAGCUGGCCCAGUGGAAAGGUUUGGUGGCUGUCCAGGGUGCCCUCAGGUGGGACACUGGACCUCAGGCACUCUUGGCCUCCUGGUGAGCACUGCCCAGAGGCUGUGUGGCCUUGCUGUCCAGCAGGACGACACCCCUCUUGCUCCCCAAAAACGUUUGGUAUUCUGACGCCCCUGGCAUGGCCCUGAGGAGAAGACGGCAGGAGGCCAGCUGGCUCCUCGGAGCUGAGGAUGUGGAGGCAGCUCUGGUGGGGCAGUCGCCCUCCGCCUGGGUUCUCGUCCCCACAGGCAGUGAAGGGACGCGGUGUGCAGCCAGGUGCUCCCUGCCUCUGUCCCUGAGUCCCCAUCCGCCCUCACUGGAGGGCUUCUGCACGAGCCUGCAGGGUCAGCCGGAGGCGGGUUUGCUGCCGUGACACCCAGAUCUGAGCUCCGUCUGCCUGUCCCUCCUGUCAGCCUGCCCCUGCAUCCUGGUGGCUCCUUGCUGCCCUUUGCCAGCUUGCCCUCCCUCCCUGCCCACAGUCACUUCUUUGUGACCAAAAUUUCCAAAUUCCAGUGGCCCGGGCAUUCUAAAGUCCUGGGAGCCUCGGCAGGGCCUGUCUUGACAUCCAUCUCCAGCCAAGACGUGGGAUGGAGUCCUUUGAGGCGGGGGAGGGGUUGUCAGCUUCUGCACCAGGCGGACAAAAACAGGUGGUGUGUCAGGGCGGCACAGCAGCAUUCAGCGCCUGCCCUGGCCAUGUGCCAGCCAGCUCGGGACCUGCGGCCCUGCUGGAGGCAGGUGGUUGGGUUUCUCAGGAGAACGGCCUGUCAGAAGGAAGCAUGGGGCAAAUCUGUGCCUUAGUGAGACAUCAAGACAGCCUAUACUUCUCUUCCCCUCCGGUUCUAGCUCCUUCCCAGACAAAGCGUACACCCUGUGGUGGCCUCCCGUCACCUUGUGGAUGGUAGGGCCAGAGGAGGCCGUGCAGCUUGCUGGCCAGGUCUCCAGUGCUGUCCUCGCAGGACAGGCCCCAUUCCCUGGAAUGCCCAGGUCUCCAGGAGCCCCUGGGUGGCCACGGGAUGUCCUCCACGCUCACCCUUGUUUGCUUUGGCCACGUGUGCGCAGUGCCCUGUAGUGUUGAAGGUGGCCAUGACCCCCUGGACAGAAGGCCAAGCCUUGGAGGCCCUGGCGCCCCUGUGACGUCCCCAGGCCAGCCUCCUGGUCACUGUGGGGCUGGAUCUCGUGAUGGUUUUACCACUGAUGGUGACAGCUGUGAACCAGGUGGAGGAACGCGUGUGGACCUUGUGCCCCGCUCAACGUGGCUCUUAGUUACGUUGGUGGUUUUGUUACAUGGAAAUAGCCUGUAAAUAAACACAUCUUUUCUGCA